AUGUGUUACCCCUGUAAAAAAGAUGAUCACAAUGAAGCACCAGAAAGACAACACAGAAGACAGAAAAGAAGACCUCCACACAGAUUUACACAGGAGGAAUUACAGAUUUUGAAACAAUCAUUUGAACAGAACCCUUACCCUACUUUCUCAACCAAAGAAGAACUUGCCAAGCAACUGCGCUGCCGUUUGUAUGUCAUUCAGAAUUGGUUCCAAGGUAGAAGAUGUAGACUACCACCUAGGGUGAAAAAGAGACUCUUUGCCACCUGGAAAUUAAAUGGAUUUUGUGUCCAAAAGUCUCAACGCCUGGGGUCCCCAAAUAUCCAGGUACAAUCUGACAACUCUUCCAUGAAUCCGACUUCCUUGCAUGACCAGGAGACAGUACCACAGAGAGCUAGCGACCCUUCACUGGAAACACAGAUGAUUCCCAGGGGAUAUUUUGACUCAGGUGACUCUGUAGUCCCAGGCAUUAACAGGGAGCCAGGAUGUCCCCUGGAGUAUCAAGGUGCCCCAGCAAGUGGACCUUCUUCCACCUCCACACCAGACUCAUUUAUUUAUCCGAAUGCAUCUAUGCAGUGCUUAGAAAGUACCAGAUAUGAGGCAGGGGAAACUCAAUAUGCUCUGCCUUAUUUUUCCUAUUAUGCUUUCAAUGGGCAGGGAACAGGCUGUCAGCAAGAAGAGCACAAGGCCCCUGAUCAGUAUUUGGUAUUUCAAGGACAGCAGCCAAACGACUGGGGGUGCCAUCUGCAGCAGCUGUCCCAGCCUUGGUAUUACGAAGAGAAUCGCCAGUUGCCAUUCCAAGGCCAUUUUUGGUCAUUCCAGAAUCCAAGUUAUUUAGGGCAAGAGGAGCUCAGUCUUCCAUCAGAGCAGGAAAGCAGCGGAGGUGCCCUGAGCUCCCUGCUGCAGCAGGCACCUGUGCAAACAGCAGACAGGUCUCCACAACGUCUUGGAGAAGGGAAACAGCAAGUCCAUGCAGAGCAUUCCAGGUUUGAAAUCCGGCAGCUUCAGAAUGGGGUUUUUCCAGAUGUGCACUGCUGA